UAAGCAGUUAAAACUGUACGAAAUAAAUAAGCUUGAGAGUUAUGUGUUGACAAAUUUUUUUUUAUUUUUUUGUUUAAUUCAGCAGAAAUUUAAAAAAAUUUCUUUAGACAAGGUUAUUAGCGCAUAAUAAUUAUUAAUUAUGGAUUCCAGUAUGGCUCAGCGAACGUGGGAAAUGGCCAAUAAUAUUGAAAACAUUCAAAGUAUUGAUGACAUAUAUUGUUAUGACAAAAAGACUCAACAAGAUAUUUUGACCGCCAAGCCAUGGGAUAGAGAUCCUCAUUUCUUUAAAGACAUCAAAAUAUCUGCCCUCGCUCUGCUGAAGAUGGUUAUGCAUGCUCGCUCUGGUGGUACAUUAGAAGUGAUGGGCAUGCUUAUAGGAAAAGUCGAUGUCACGACCAUGAUAGUGAUGGACUCUUUCGCUCUACCUGUCGAGGGAACAGAGACGAGGGUGAAUGCUCAAGCUCAGGCUUACGAGUACAUGGCAGCCUAUACCGAAAGUGCAAAACAAGUUGGAAGACUAGAGAAUGUUAUUGGCUGGUAUCAUAGUCACCCUGGUUAUGGCUGCUGGCUGUCUGGUAUUGAUGUCAGUACUCAAAUGUUGAAUCAACAGUUCCAAGAGCCUUUUGUUGCUAUUGUUAUUGAUCCUGUUAGAACUAUAUCAGCUGGAAAAGUCAAUUUGGGUGCCUUUAGAACAUAUCCCAAGGGUUAUAAGCCACCUGAUGAAGGACCCUCAGAAUAUCAGACCAUUCCUCUCAACAAAAUAGAAGAUUUUGGUGUUCACUGCAAACAGUAUUACUCACUAGACGUCUCUUAUUUCAAAUCAAAGCUUGACAGGCGUUUGUUGGAUUCUCUUUGGAAUAAAUAUUGGGUCAACACUCUAAGCUCUUCCAGUCUAUUAACUAAUGCAGAUUAUACUACUGGUCAAGUAUUUGAUCUCUCAGAUAAACUGGAACAGUCUGAAACACAGCUUGGAAGGUGUGGUUUUGUGCUAGGUAUGGACCCACAUGAGAAAAAGACUGAAGACAAACUGGCCAAAGCUACAAAGGACAGUUGCAAAAUAACAAUUGAAGUAAUACAUGGACUGAUGUCUCAGAUAAUCAAGGACAGGCUGUUCAAUCAGGUAAAUCGGAAAUUCUGAGCUCUCGGACAGUCCUGGAUCAAGCCGAAGUUUCGUUGUUUUGCUUACGAUAUGUAAUUAUCCGUUUGUGAAGUGUGAUACUGUUUUUUAUAAUUUCCUUUAUGUUAAUCAUAAUAAAAAUAUGUUCUUUAAAAGUUA